UAUUUUUUUUGUUAUUGAGAAUUUUAUUUGAAGAAUGAGGGAAAACAUAACGAUUUCUAAAUUUGUUACCCUAGUUAUUUUUAGAACAUUGAUGAGAAAAGAAAAACCAAUUAAAACUCACUUAGUCAACAGAGUAUAAACAACACUUAAACAAUUACUGUCAACAUCAUUCCAAUAUGCAAAUUGCAACGAAAAUGAACAAAUUAUAUCUGCACGGAUUUAUAAUCGGAGUUGUUUUAAUAAUUGCGUGUUGCAAUGUGCCGGUUGCCAAAGCAUCCAGCUUCGUUAUGCAAUCUGGGGAGUGUAAGUAUAACCCCAAGUUCUUCGAUAACUUUACUAUCGCCAUUACCAACAACACCCUCAAUCUGGAUAUGAUCACCAAAAGGCGUCUAACUCGCGGCUUUAAGGUUCAAUUUGAUUUUGCCCUGAGCCUUGGCAAAAGCAAGAACUAUCAGAGCGUUUUCACUCAUACUAUGGACACUUGCGAAGCUGUUGCUGCAGUAAAAAGUAAUAUCUUUAAGGCUUGGUUUCAAUCAAUGCAGGAGCACGGUAACUUUAUGUACAACUGUCCAGUGGAAGAGGGUCGUUAUUUUGUUCAUAACUGGCAAAUAGAAUCCCAACUUGUUCCACAGUUUUUGCAUAGAGGAAAUUAUCGUGUAACAGGACACUUCUUUUUUGGAAACUUAAAACCAAGAGUGAGCAAUUUGUUUUGGACUUAAUCAUUUUUGCAUUUUUAAAAAACAA